AUGACUGAAGUUCUUCACUUUCCUUCGUCUCCAAGUGCUUCUCCUUCUUCAUCUUCACCAUCUGACCAUCGACGGAGAAACCGAGUUCCUGGAUUCGCGCAAGAUGUUGACUUUCACGGUUCAAUCGAAGAACAACAACAAUUGCAAGAUUUGAGACGGAGCAACGAUGAAGAAGACGACGGAGGAGGGGAAGAUCAGAUAUCUCUGUUGGCUCUUCUAGUCGCCGUUUUCAGAAGAUCUCUGAUUUCUUGCAAGAGUAAUCGGAGGGAGCUUUGUAGCAUGGAGAUCGGAUGGCCGACCAAUGUCCGACACGUGGCUCACGUUACCUUCGAUCGCUUCAAUGGCUUCUUGGGUUUGCCUGUUGAAUUCGAGCCUGAGGUUCCAAGAAGAGCUCCAAGCGCCAGUGCAACAGUCUUUGGGGUAUCAACCGAAUCAAUGCAAUUAUCAUAUGAUUCAAGAGGCAAUUGUGUACCAACCAUACUCUUGUUGAUGCAAAACUGUUUAUAUGGUCAAGGAGGCUUGCAGGUAGAGGGAAUUUUUCGACUCACUGCUGAGAAUAGCGAGGAAGAGGCGGUUAGGGAGCAACUAAACCGAGGAUUUACACCUGAGCGAGUCGAUGUUCACUGUUUGGCAGGGCUUAUCAAGGCAUGGUUUAGAGAACUACCGACCAGUGUUCUUGAUUCGUUGUCGCCCGAAGAGGUGAUGCAGUGCCAAACAGAAGAGGAAUAUGUGGAGCUUGUUAGGCUUCUUCCACCUACAGAAGCUUCUCUGCUUGAUUGGGCCAUCAAUCUAAUGGCUGAUGUUGUACAGCACGAACAUCUUAACAAGAUGAAUUCACGUAACAUCGCAAUGGUUUUUGCUCCCAAUAUGACACAGAUGGAUGAUCCAUUGACAGCACUGAUGUAUGCGGUUCAAGUGAUGAACUUCCUCAAGACACUAAUCGAAAAAACACUAAGGGAAAGGCAAGACUCGGUGGUUGAGCAAGCUCACGUAUUCCCUUUAGAACCUUCUGAUGAGAGCGGUCACCAAAGCCCUUCACAGUCUUUGGGUUUUAACACCAUUGAGCUGAGUGAAGAGACGCAACCAGACUACACCGAAAAUGCAGAAAAUCAGAGUUCAAGCAGUGAGAUAUCGGAUGAGCUAACCCUAGAGAAUAAUGCGUGUGAACAGAGAGAAUCAGAGUAUGGAAAACGCAGGACCGAGAGAUUGAGUGACUCAGGUCUUCAGGUGCUGACACUGGCUCCUCCGGCUCAGUGGCCUGUGGGAAGAACAAAAGGAUUGACUAACUUGAGCCGUGUAGGUUCGAGGGUAGAGCGUACUGAAGCUUGGCGGUGA